AUGUCCGGCCAUCAAUACGUACCGAACCCAGCGAACCUGUUUACGGACGAGGACGAAAUUGACGAUGAGCUAUUCCUGAGGAACGCCCGUCGAAACGACGGCUAUCUGCCCGCAGACGAUAAGUAUGGCAUGUCGAAGGUGACGGGGGCCGCAUACACACGCCCGGAUGUGCUAGGCCCCACGGCAGUAUAUGAUGGGAGUGGGCUAGGGGGAUAUGCGGGAAGCAGCGGUAGUGCGGGGGGCAGUGUCGUUAGCGUAGGUCCCGGCGGGUACGUGAUGGAUAUGCCGGCGGCCGCGUACGGUGGUUACGGUGCAGGUGUUGUUCCUACCAAGCCGCUCGUGUACGGCAGUGCGGCGAAUAUGUAUUCGAGUCUCGGUCCGGACGCGGCCGAUGUCGCGGUGGACGAUGAAAUCGCUCGGCAGCGACAAACGUUCGAGCAGCGGCGCCGGGAGCUGGAGGAAAGCACGCUGCUCACGUCGCAACGGUGCCUUGGGGUGUUACGCGAAACGGAGCAGGUCGGUAUUGCGACGGCGGAGGAGUUGCAUCGCCAGAGGGAGCAGCUGGAAAAGACCAAGAAGCAGCUGGACGAGAUUAACAACUCGCUCCGGUUCAGCCAGAAGCAUCUGAACAGUCUGAAGAGCGUGUUCGGCGGGUUGAAGAACUAUCUGUCCGGCAGGAUGGUGGCGGGCGGUGGUGGCAGUGGCUCCAUUGGACCCGGAGGGAGCGUUCAUGGCGGUGAGCACGGUGUGGUGACCACGGCCGGUGGUAUACCGCGGCAGAACAUAUCAUCUCCGACGCCGACCGAGGAGGACGAUCUCUACCCGAACCCGCAGGAUUUCCGCAUUGCGGACCCGUACUGGACAGCGGACCAAUCGCCGGUACCACCGCCCCAGGGGGUGGCCGGCGACUACCAUCAUCACCAUCAUCCCCAUCAUCCCCAUCAUCCGCAGCAGCAGCAGCAGCAACAGCAACACCACCAUCAACAGCAGCAGCUGGCCAAUGGUGGUGGCAAUGCCGGCGGUGGCUUUAGCCACCAGCUGGACCAAAACCUGGACGAAAUGCGGGGCAAUCUGUCGCGGUUGAAGAACUUGGCCUUGGACUUGAAUCAGGAAAUCGACAGCCAGAACGAUCUGAUCGAUGACAUCUCGGACCGGGUCGAGGAUGUGGACGUGAAGAUCGGCAAGCAGAACAAAGACAUGAACCGGCUGAUGCGGAAGUAA